AUGUGUCUGAUGAGUCACAUUGAAGGAUGUCCCUUGUCUUCAAUGGUCAGGAUGGGGAGUGAAAUGCAGCCCUUUGUUGAGACACCACACAAAGUGGUGGAACCAAACCGUUAUUCUCAUAGGUCAAUUGAGACACUGGUGGUGGUCAUAGCAGUGAUCACAAUAGUGGGUGUUAUUGCAGGAAUGAUCGCUAGAUUGUGUGGCGGAAGGCACUUCGGGGGCAAUGGGGAGGAUGACAUAGAAGGCUGGGUUGAAAAGAAGUGUAGAAGUUGCAUUGAUGGAGGGCUCCCACCUCCACCUUCUCCACCCGAAGAACCAAAAUCAGCACCAGCACCAGCACCAGCAGGGGAUGCAAGUAAAUGA